AAACGUUGAUACUGCCAUCUCAUCGCGCCCUCGCUUGCGUGUCCCUCCAUGAACCUCACUUUCUCUGCAGCUCCUGACGGUGUGGUCGACGCUCUAUUGGCUGAGCAGAGCGACUCGCUAAAGUUGUUGCGCUCCGGAGGAACGAUCAACAACUUCGACCUCCCAACGGAAUGGCUCCACACGGCGAUCCCGCCAGCGCCUUUGCCUCCCUCUGCGGGCGCGACCGCGGACGGAGUGGACAACACACCCUCUCGGGCGAACGGGGUGUCAGAGCCCUCUAAGAGAAAGGCCUUAAACCCAGUGCGUCCAACGUCGCUAACACCACCCAGCGUUGGCGACAUCGCAUUCUUCAAGGCGGAGGAAGCUCCGUUUGUGCUGGGGGAGGUGCUGAGCAUAGCUGCAGACGCCUCGCCGGUGAACGUCAACAUCCACUGGUAUGGGCCUAUCAACAAUACCGGCGGGAGCGGGCAGCGCGACUGUCGAGGACUAUGCCGUGGCGCGUUUCAGCAAGGAUUUCAUCCUAACGAGCGGCGCGAAGCGCAGAACGCACGAUGCCAGCGACGAGCCUAUCACACGCAUUAUCGCAUGCUGCAGUUCGCUAACUUCAACGGGUAACAUCCCGGCGAGAAUUAAAAAAGUGCUGAUGGAGACUUGCCGGCCUGCACCUUCGUCGUCCUCGGAGAGCGAAGCAAGUGACUCGGACGACGACGGGUCUGGAAGCGGACUCUGAGGAAGACGAGUCCGAUGACGACGGCUAUGGUUCAGAGUAGUCCUGGCGCCUAGCAGGGACUAGAUUGAUGUCGAGACCGGGGCGUUCUGGGGAUCAAGAAGAUUUGUACUAGCGGUUUUGCGCCGUAAGAUGGUCAACAUUUGUCAACUUCGAGCUCUGUACCCAAAUCUUGUCGUAGGGGCUGUGGGUCUUUCCAUCAUAGUGACAUAACUUUCGAAGUGCCGUGUGCUCAGAUUUUUAUUUUUUGCUAGUGCGUCAGGGAAUCUAUCGAAAUUGACCGGAAAACACGCGGAAGAACUCGUAAGAAAUCUGUGUCUGCCCGGGGGUUAGGGGGGGUGGGGGUGUUGAACCAGGUGCGCUUUGGGGUCCUUGGCGGCGGAACUAUCGUGAUUUUCGGCGUUGCCGAUGGUGUUAGCUCGGGCGAAAGGGCGUGUGUUCGAUUUGGAAGACGCCCGAGGAUGUUUU